AUCAACAACCAUAUUUCCAUAUGCUGCGACCCGGCGAUGGGAUGUGUUAGUCCCUCUCGGAUUGGCCAGUAGCGUUUUCCUUGCCCCGCCUCUUUAGAGCCGACCAACUUCCUCCGGAGUGAGUUGGGCGGUGUUCAGCCGUGGUGAGGGUUUUGUGUUGUUAAGCGUCGAUUGUUCCGUAGAAGAACGCCGUGAGGUGCAGCUUGUCAUAGAUCUGGAGCAGCUACACAGGAAUCCAGGUCCUACCUGUCAUUAAUACCUGUCCCUAAACACUAAUAUACUUUUAAAGAUCACCCACACAUUUAGGAGGCUUAGUAGUCUGUGAGCAUCCCAGACAUAUGGAAUUUGUACAGAAACAUCAUCACAUACAUGGCACUGAAAGUUGAAAGUACAUUUAAUAAUAUAGUAUCUCCAAUAGAUUCCAAAAACUUUAGCAGAUGGAGCUACUCUGAUAUGGAUAAAGAUGGCCUGGAGCGGGUCUUUGGAGUAAAACACUUCCAUAAUGAAUUCAAGAACUGCUUUAAAACAACUGGAGAUCAUCUUUCAGAAGAAUCCAUUCACAUGACAGGCUUUGAAAAGUCAGAACAGCAAGCAAGGCAGAAAAUGGCAACAUCUAGUCUACCCUCUUGCAUCCAAUCUAUACAGAACACUACAUAUAAAGCAAGAAAGCCAUUCUGUGAGAGAGUCAUCAGUUGUAAAGAGGCUACUCCCCAUGUCAAAAGAGAAUUGUUUCCAUCCUUCAGAGAUGAGGAAUUAAUAGAUGAAAGUGAAUAUCCGCUAUCUUCUAAACAUCAUCACUUGUCGUCUAAGGACAAUACUAAAGAUAAUGUUACUGUAUUCCAUGAGCACAACAGUCCUUUAAGUACCAAUGAGAUAACAUUUUUAGCUGAAGAUCUACAGUCUUUGCAUGUACCUUCUAAUAGGAGGGUAAGCUACAGAUCUGUCUCUAGUUCCCAUAUUGCAUACAACCAACUAAAACCCAGGUUUGUUCCUCGACCUCAUGCAACUGAAACAUCCAGUUUUCAAGCUCAUAUACCUACUUGUCAGACUCGUGUUGGAAGAUCUCUUCCUGCAAGAUUUUAUGAAUCUCUUGACUUUCAACGUCAGAUUGAGAUGUCACCUUAUCAAGCUGAAUACUGGGCCUGUGCAAUACCCAAAACUUUACCUCCAACUUACGAUCGACAGUCUCCUACUUGGGAUCCAAAUGAAGAGUAUCAAGCAUUACUGGACUACACCUAUCCACUGAAAUCCAAUUAUACAAAUUCUAAAAAUAAACCGACUAGAGAGAACUUUGAAUGUGAAGCACUACAGCAGGACUCUGGUGUAGAACUUGACAGUUUCAGUCAUUCAUUUAGCAACAUAAUGAGAUCAGUAAGUACUACUUAUCCAGAAAAUGAAUCACCAAGUAAUGUAAGCCUCAGUUUGGACAGAAGAAGUCCAGGAAGAACUCAUAGUUGUCAUUCUACAAGUGUGGACUCUGAUGAACCAUCAUUUUGUACACGCUAUUUUGUAAAUGCUGAUUUACCAUCAUUAUACUUUAGCCCAUAUUCAAGGGGCACUGCUGAUAAGGUUGAGGAACACUACACAAAUUGUUCCUACAUGGAAUCAGAUCAAGAAAACCAAGAUGACUGCAAAGUAUCAAAUCCAAAAUAUAUCACAUCUACACCUGCACAUCCACAGUUUAUAGCAUCAUGUCCUAUUCUUCCUUUGAAGAAAAUGUGGGAUGUCGAUGAUGAAUAUCUUUCUCUACCUUUAACUUUAAAAGAACUUGAAACAUUAUCUGAGCAACUGAAGACGAUAUCUGGACAGAUUAAUAAAACUGAUAAUACAACAUUUGAACAGCCUUUUUUUGAGAAAGAAGACACAAUGUCAUCAUUUUUUCCAGAUACUGAAGUUAAUUCUAAGAAUAUCUGGACAAUAACCAGUGAUAAUGCUGCAGGUGCUGAUACCCAAUAUAACACAAUAAAAGCAAAGGACCAAUUUAAACCAAACAAAGAUUUCAUUAAUGCUGAGAACAAAAGCACGACAAGCAAAACCAACAUAUUUUCAGCACUUAAGGGAGAACUUGAUGAAAGACCUUUCUUUGAAGGAUCUGCUGAGAUGAAGGACUCACUUACACAAAAUAUCCAGGCAUUUUGCUGUGAGUUAGAGCAACUAAUUCAGUGGCUGUACCAAGUGGCAGAAAAAAUAGACAGCUGGAAUCCACCAAAAGCAAACCCUGAUAGCAUCAGUUCUUCCCUUAACGAAUAUAAGAAAUUUCAACAGGAAAUUGAAGAUCAUGAGCCUUUGAGGUUAUCUGUUUUGAAAACUGGCAAAUUACUUCUAACCUGUAUGAAAUUAACAUCUCCAGUGUUGAAGGAAUCCCUGAAAAUGAUUGAAAAACAGUCAGAAGCUCUGGAACAGCAUACGGAACACCUUUACAGAUCAAUCUAACUGCCAUGGAAUGUGUUAAUGAGCAGCAAAGAGAAGAUUCUGUUCUGGAAAGCAGCUCAGAUACAUUUAUCCAAAGUGACCUACAAAUCACAACCGAAUGAAGAUAUGCCAGGGCAGCCAUUCAAGUGUAAUCGAUGGUGGACUUGGGACUUUGACUUGAGUCAUCAUUUCCACAAUAUGGCAUCAGCUGCCUGUGACAUUUUGGAUUUGCAGAAUUGGUACCCUGUGGCCAUGUGGUGGUCUGCAGUUCUGUCUAUUGCUUAUGUAUUUAUGUUUUAAAAUUUCAAAUAUGCUGGCCUUUGUUAAGUUCUAAGGGAAACAAGUUUCUGUUCUCCUUUUUUAAAUUGUAUUUUUGAUAAUACUAUAUAAUGGGACAAUUUAAAGGGUUUUAAUAGGAGAAAACUGAAUUGCUUGUAAGACAGCCUUCCAUUUCUAUUAUUUUUUGAAGAGGAUUGUGGCUUUGUGUUAGUUAUUGAUGUCUGCCUCACUUGUACACAUAACCUUCUUUUGUUAAAUAGCACAAAUAAUAAAACAACAGUGGUGCAGAGGAAGUGCGGCCGCCUCACAGUAAGGAGACCAGG